AAUUUCAAUUAUGUCCGACCCUGAAAUCUACACCGUUGGCUGGGUGUGUGCGCUCUCAACUGAGCUCACGGCGGCCAAGGUCAUGCUUGAUGAAAUUCACCCAGAAAUACGCUCCAUCCCUCCUAGAGACUGUAACCAGUAUGUCUUAGGCAAGAUUGGAAGCCAUAACGUGGUGAUUGCUGUGCUUCCCGAGUCAGAGUACGGUUUGGCAUCUGCUUCGAAUGUCGCUACGAACAUGUUAAAUGCAUUCCCAAAUAUCCGCAUUGGACUCUUAGUCGGCAUAGGCGGUGGUGCUCCUACAUCUCGGAACGACAUACGUUUGGGCGACGUUGCCGUAAGCUCUACUGGGCGGGGAACUGGCGGUGUCUUUCAAUACGAUUAUGGACGGACAGUUCAGUCUCAAGAAUUCAAUACGACUGGAUUCCUCAAUCAACCCCCCGCCGUUUUACGUGCUGCAAUGAACAAAUUAAAGUCUGAACACGAGAUCAACGGCCACAACAUACAGGAAACAAUCCAUGAAGGCCUAAAACGAUAUCCUCGACUAAGAAAGAAGUACUCCCGCCCGCCAAUGGCCCAUGAUAGACUAUAUCUUUCCUGCAUUACCCAUCCAUUCCAAAAUCACCAGGCCUGUAUCGAUGUUUGUGGCGAAGGCACUGUUGACGAGCCCAAACUUGUACAACGAGACCAGAGAAAAGAAGGUGAUGAUGAUCCCGAAAUUCACUACGGUAUCAUUGCUUCGGCGAACCAACUUAUGGAGGACGCCAUAGUGAGAGACAAACUGGCACUUGACCGAGGUGUGAUCUGUUUUGAGAUGGAAGCAGCGGGAUUGAUGAAUAAUUUCCCUUGUGCUGUUAUCCGAGGAAUCUGUGAUUACUCAGAUACACACAAGAACAACGAAUGGCAAGGUUAUGCAGCUAUGACGGCGGUAGCCUAUGCUAAAGAGCUUCUAUGCCAGAUCCAACCGACGAAAGUUAAAGAGGAAAGACGCAUAAAAGACAUUCUAGAGCAUGCUCUCGAAAGACUUCCCUUUGUUAGGGAAGCAACAUUUGACUCCUACAAUGAGUCUCAUAAUCCCUCAUGUCUGGAGAACACUCGAGUGGACCUUCUGGAAGAAAUAUCCAGAUGGGUCGAGGACGAUGAAUCAAAGCCUGUGUUCUGGCUGAACGGUAUGGCCGGAACGGGGAAGUCGACGAUAUCAAGAUCUAUAGCCCAGUCUCUGUUGACUACUGGCAUUCUUGGCGCCAGCUUCUUCUUCAAACGAGGGGAAGCAGAUCAGGGAAAGGCGGCUAAAUUUUGUCCUACAAUCGCCCGCCAGCUCGCUGGAAAGCACCCUUGCUUCGGCGCCUGGUUAGAAAAGGUCACCAUCGAUAACCUGGACAUCGCUAGCAAGGGGCUGAGGACCCAGUUUGAGAAACUCAUUAUCCAACCCCUUUCUGAGGUUUGGAACGGAAUGUCGUCCAUCAAGCCAACUAUAGCAAUCGUAGUUGACGCAUUAGAUGAAUGCGACUCGGAACAGGAUGUCAGGCUUCUUAUACGUCUAUUUUGCCAGAUCAAAACAACACGGAACGUCAGAGUCCGUAUCUUUCUGACAAGCCGACCAGAACUACCAAUUAGGCUAGGGUUCAGCAAUGUAAGAGGAACAUAUCAGGACCUCAUCCUUCAUCGGGUCCCACCACCAGUUAUCGAACACGAUAUCUGCAUUUUCUUCAAGCACGAACUAAAGAAGAUUCUCUCGGAUUGGAAUGACUCCGUCCCCACAGCUCACCAGUUACCAGUGACAUGGCCUGGCGAAGAUAGCUUACGAACAUUGGUAGACCGUGCUGUUCCUCUGUUCAUUUUUGCUGCCACUAUGUGUCGUUUCAUCGCCGAUAGAAACAUGAGCCCGGAAAAAAGACUUUCCCAAAUCCUCAAUCACCCCCAUCGAAACGCCGCUGAUAAGAUGGAAGUCACCUACGUGCCAGUUCUAGAUCAAAUACUGGUUGAUUUAUCCCAGUCGGAGAAAAUAGCGUCACUUGAUGAAUUUCGCCUAAUCGUUGGAACUAUCAUUACCCUCGAAAGUCCCUUGUCGGCACUGACCCUAUCUCGAGUCCUUGAUAUUUCACAAGACAGAAUUUAUAACCAACUUAACAAGCUUCAAUCUGUCAUUCAUGUCCCGGAAUCUGAAAAGGCGCCAAUUCGGGUCUUUCACCUCUCUUUCAGAGAUUAUCUUGUUGAAGGUACCAAUAAACUCAAUGUGUUCAAUAUCGACCAGAAGACAAUAUCACGACGACUAACUAAGCACUGUUUGCGGAUCAUGAGAACCCAUUUGAAGACGGACAUAUGCAAUUUACGCCAUCCAGGAUCAGCACGUACAGAUAUAAGCGUUGAGCUCAUUGAUAACUGCUUGCCCCCCGAGCUUCAAUACGCCUGCCUUUACUGGACAAAACACCAGGAAGCGGCACACUUACAUCCUGGUGAUAUGUCAGAAGUUUCACUAUUCAUGAAAACACAUCUCCUACAUUGGAUUGAAGCCUUGGUCCUGAUGAACAGGACCUGGGAAAUUUCAGGACUACUUAAAUCAUUACGCGUUGUUCUUAAGGAAGAUUCAUCAUUGUUCGACUUUCUGGGUGAUGCUGUGAGGUUUCUAGGUUAUAGCGUCUCAACAGUGGAUACACAUCCGCUACAACUCUAUUCACACGCUUUAAUCUUUGCACCCCAAAAGAGCCUAACAAGAUUGAAUUUCGAGGCUCAAAUACCUAAGUGGAUAGCUUCUGUCCCUAAGCAAGAUCAUGAAUGGGAUUUGUGCCUACGCAUAUUCGAGCGGCCAAAUUAUAAGCGAGUGUCGUUAGAAUUCAUACCAGACUCGACUUUACUCUUUGUGGGCUUCUGCAAUAACCACGAAAAUGGUUUUUGUCUACUGGACUGGGAUAGUGGAGAGUGUUUGCAAGAGUUCCACAACCGCUCAGAUUUCUCUUCUCCUUCAGCACUUUCUCCAAACGGCAGAGUGGUGGCGAUACCCAGGGGUCAAAACACUAUCGAAAUACGAGAUUUCUGGACCUGUGAGCUAAUACAUGAACUACCAGCAAACCGCAAACUCCUUUUGGCGUUAGUAUUUUCGCCAGACUCGAGGCUCCUUGCAGUUUCCCAUGAUGAAGUUUCAUAUCCUCAGUGUAUGGGAUUGCCGAACCAGGGUCUGUCUGUUUGA